CUCGCCUAUUUAUGCCGUCGCCACCGUCCACCGGCACCCACCCACUCCACCACCACCGUAGCCCAUCGUCAUCUCCCACGCCGCCUCGCCGGAGAACAACCACCACCAUCCUAGCAAGACCAAGGACAAGGCGAAGAUGGGCUCGCGGUACGAGGUGGAGGUGACCGUGGGCGCGGCGCGGGACCUCAAGAACGUCAACUGGCGCAACGGCGACCUCAAGCCCUACGCCGUGCUCUGGAUCGACGCCGGCGCCCGCUGCUCCACCCGUGUCGACCUCGACAACGGCGAAAACCCCACCUGGGACGACAAGGUCGUCGUCCCCUUGCCCCCCGCAAGCCGCCUCCAGGACGCCGUGCUCUACCUCGACAUCGUCCACGCCAACGCCCCCGAGGGCGUGAAGCCCCUCGUCGGCUCCGCCCGCCUCCCGCUCCGCGACGUCGUCGACGACGCCGGCGUCGGGGGCAAGGUUUCCAGGAACCUGAAGCUCAAGCGGCCAUCGGGGCGGCCGCAGGGGAAGCUUGACGUCCGCGUCGCCGUCAGGGAGCCGGCCAGGUACUACGACCCCAACCCUGGCGCCUACCCGGCGCCCGCGGGGUACGGCUCCUCCCGCGAUGCCUACGGUGGUGGGUACGGUGCCGGUGCUGGAGCUGGAGGCUACGGCGCCGCGGCAGGGGCUGGAGGCUACGGCGCGUACGCUGCCGCGGCGGCGCCUCCGUCGGGGUACCCGGGCUACGGCUCCACGGCGCCGCCUCCGCAGGCCGCAGCACCGUACGGAUCCGCUCCAGCGCCCUACGGCGCCGCGCCUCCUCCUCCUCAGGGAGCAGCUGGUGCGUACGGGUCCUCUGCUCCGGCCUACGGCGCGGCGCAGCCGGCUCAGGGAGCAGGGUACGGGACGACGGGCGUGGCCCUGGACCAGAGCGGCGGGAAGAAGAAGAAGGGGAUGGGGAUGGCGGGCGGGCUGGCGGUGGGCGCGGCGGCGGGCGUGCUGGGCGGGCUGGCGCUGGCGGGCGGGGCGAGCUACGUGGAGAACAAGAUCGAGGACCGCGUGACGGAGCGCGUGGAGGAGGACAUGUACGGCGGUGGGUACGGCGACUACGGCGGCGACGACGACUACUAGCCUAGCCUAGCAAGUGAUGAAUGCAUGGAUCUGAAGGGAGGCCAUGAAUGAAUGAAUGAAUCUUUUAUGUUUUCGUUGCUGCAUGCAUGAUCAUUCCGAGAGUUGAAAAGAAAGAUAUUUUAAAGUUGAAAUUUA